AUGUAUCACAAGAUAUUAUAUAAUAAAACAAAAGGAAGAUGAUGAAAUGUCCCAUUCAAUCUUCAGAUUCCACACUGAGAGUGCAGAAAGAUGAAGAUGAUGAAAAUGUCCCAUUACCCUUUAUACUGCUUUUGCUUCGAUUCCUCUCUUCAUCUUCUACCCAAGCUACUCAGUGGCAGAACAAUUUCACCUCUCCAACUUUCCAGUUUAAUUUAAAAGAAAUUCCUAUGGGUUUAGAUGCAUCUUCUGAGGAAGAAUGUAGUUAUCAGUCUAGAUUGCUCCAAGAUUUUAUGAAUAUCCCUUCAAUUGACAAGGCAUGGACUUUCACAUCCAAUGGUGGUUCUCAGGUUAUGUUCUCACUUACUCAGCCAAAUCUCCAGGCCGAUAAGAGAAGGAAAUAUGUGUUGUCCAGUCAAAUCUCGAGAAGCCACAGUGAUACCAUUGAAUUUCAAUGGGCUGCUUUCCCUAUAGAGAUGGGAGGCGGCUCUAUAAUAGUUCCGUCUCCCUCACGUUCAAAGUUGCUUGUAGUUCAUAAUUCUCAAAUCGGUUCCCCUACCCGCUUUGAAAUCUGGGGUCAGUGUGGAGUGGAAAAGGAGUUUCAUAUUCCUGCCUCUCUUCAUGGUUCUGUAUUUUCAGAUGGAUGGUUUGAGGGUAUUUCGUGGAACUAUGACGAGACUCUCAUUGCUUAUGUUGCUGAAGAACCUCUUCCCGCUAAGCCAACCUUUACAUGUUCUGGUUUCAAGAAAGGGAAUUCUUCGACGCAGGAUGAUUGUGGUAGCUGGAAAGGCCAAGGAGAUUGGGACGAGGGCUGGGGAGAAGCCUAUGCUGGGAAAAGACAACCCGCACUUUUCGUGAUCAACAUUGACAGUGGGGAAGUACGGGCUGUUGAGAAAACAGACAAGUCACUUAGUGUUGGACAGGUUGUCUGGGCUCCAUUAACUGCAGACUCGCAACAAUACUUGGUGUUUGUUGGGUGGCCGUUGGCUAGAAAGUUUGGUAUCAAAUACUGCACGAAUAGACAUUGUGCUUUAUAUGCCAUCGAAGCCCCCUUCGUGAAGCUAGAAGCCCAGCAAUCAGGAACUAAUGCAAAUACGUCCUCCAUGGUCAAGUUGACAGAUACCAUAAGCAGUGCUAUGUUUCCGCGUUUUAGCCCAGAUGGAAAGUUUCUUGUGUUCUUAUCCUCAAAAAGUGCGGUAGAUUCUGGAGCGCAUUGUGCAACUGACUCGCUUCAUAGGAUUGCUUGGCCAAACGGGAAGCCAUGCCCACCUGCUGGAAUUAUCGAUGUGGUUCCAGUUGUGAUGCACGCUCACAAGGACUCCUUCCCUGGGCUUUACUGUUCGAACCCUGGGCUUUACCAUUCAAACAUUCUCAGUCAGCCAUGGCUUUCUGAUGGGCACACUAUUCUCCUAACAUCUGUCUGGGGCAGCUCUCAAGCAAUACUCUCGAUUGACAUAAUGAGUGGUGAGGUAUCGCGAAUUAGUCCUAGCAACUCGAGUUUUUCAUGGGAGAUCCUCGCUCUAGACGGUGAUAAUAUCAUUGCUGUAUGCAGCAGUCCAGUUGAUAUCCCCGAGAUCAAAUAUGGUUGCCUUGUCAGACAGAACACAAAUGAAACCGCGUGGAAUUGGCUUGAUACCGCAAGCCCCAUAUUCAGAUCCUCUGCAAAGGUUAACAUUUUGUCGUCAUCUCACCAGUUCAGUAUUCUCGAGAUUCCUGUUUCGGGUACAUCUGAGAACUCUUAUGAAGCGAUUUUUGUAUCCUCCAAGCUAAAGAAACAACACAGUGGCUGUGAUCCACUCGUUGUAAUCCUUCACGGGGGUCCCAACGCUGUUUCAUUGACGAGCUUCUGCAAUACCUCGGCAUUUCUUUGCUCUCUUGGUUUUAACUUGCUGAUGGUGAAUUAUAGAGGCUCUUUAGGAUUUGGCGAGGAGGCGUUGCAAUCUCUUCCGGGAAAAGUUGGAUCACAGGAUGUCAAGGAUGUGCUCCAUGCUAUAGACUAUGUUAUUGACAUGGGAUUUGCAGAUUCAUCCAAAAUUGCUGUGACUGGCAUUUCCCACGGCGGAUUUUUGACAACGCACUUGAUAGGACAGGCACCAGAGAAGUUUGCUGCUGCAGCUGCAUUGAAUCCAGUCUGCAACUUUGCCUUGAUGGUUGGCACCACUGAUAUACCUGAUUGGUGCUAUUUUGAGGCACUUGGAAGUGAAGGGAAAUUGAGCUUUACUGAAGCACCUUCAGCACAACACCUAGAACAGUUUUACAACAAAUCUCCGAUUUCACAUGUUUCCAAGGUUAAAGCUCCAACACUGGUACUCUUAGGCGGUAAAGACCUCCGUGUACCUAUUCCCGAUGGAUUGCAAUAUGCACGUGCACUGAAGGAGAAAGGGGUUGAAGUUAAGGUUAUGAUGUUUCCUGAUGACAUUCACCCAAUUGACAAACCACAAUCUGAGUAUGAAAGCUUUCUGAACAUUGGAGUGUGGUUCAAGAAGUACUGCUACUAACAUGGCUCAGAGGAUCAAGUUCUAAUGUUCCAUGCUUUAAUUUGAGUUCAUAAAUGCCAAUAUUAGUGCAUUAUUAUAAAUAACUCAAUGAUCUUACUAUUAGCAGUAUAGAAUCGUGCUGCGCUUAGUUUCUCACUUUCUUGUGAGAUACUUUUGAUGAAAAAUGUAAUAUUAAGAGUUGAAGAGU